GUAAUUUCAUUACGUUAGAUACCCAACCCUGACGGGGAUUUUAAAAUUUUAAAAUUGUGAACGGUACUUAAUAGUUCCAGUUAAAUUUUUUUGAGACAGUAUACACGUGUUAUAUUUUUUGAUAUUUUUUCAUCUUUCACCAUGGCGGAAAUUGAAAAAGAAAAGAAGAAAAGUAAAAAAAAAUCAUUGGGCGAAACGCAAAUGAAAAUAAAAUGCGAAAUGGAACCGUCAAGUGAAAUUCCAAAACUUGAUUGCAAGGAUUGGCCGCUAUUAUUCAAGAAUUUUGAUAAAAUGUUAUGUCGUACCAAACAUUUUACUCCAUUAAAUUGUGGAUCGACUCCACUUCAUCGUACAUUAUCGGAAUAUGUAAAAUCAGGAUGCAUAAAUUUAGAUAAACCGUCUAAUCCAUCAUCUCAUGAAGUUGUCGCUUGGAUAAAGAGAAUAUUGAAAGUUGAAAAAACAGGACAUUCAGGUACAUUAGAUCCAAAAGUAUCUGGCUGUCUUAUUGUUUGUAUUGAUAGAGCAACACGUCUUGCUAAAUCUCAACAAUCAGCGGGAAAGGAAUAUAUAGCUGUAUUCAAAUUACAUUCACCUGUUGAUAACGUGCAAAAGAUCACUCAAACUUUAGAAAGAUUAAAGGGUGCUCUCUUUCAAAGACCACCGUUAAUUUCCGCUGUUAAACGUCAAUUACGUGUGAGAACAGUUUAUGACAAUUGGUUUCUUGAUUAUGAUUCAGAACGUAAUAUGGGAAUAUUUAAAGUAAGCUGCGAGGCAGGUUCUUACGUGAGAACAAUUUGCGUUCAUUUAGGUCUAUUUUUGGGCACUGGCUGUCAAAUGCAAGAACUUCGAAGAAAUCGUUCGGGAAUUCAAUCAGAGGAGGAUUCAUUGGUGACAAUGCACGAUAUUUUAGAUGCACAAUGGCUUUAUGAAAAUCAUGGCGAUGAAUCAUAUCUCAGAAGAGUUAUAAAACCAUUGGAAGCUUUGCUUGUUAAUCAUAAACGAAUAAUCGUCAAAGACAGCGCUGUAAAUGCUAUAUGUUAUGGAGCUAAAAUUAUGCUACCCGGAGUAUUAAUGUACGACCAAGGAAUUGAACUCAAUCAGGAAAUCGUAAUUGUUACAACUAAGGGAGAAGCAGUUGCAUUGGCUAUCGCCCUUAUGACCUCGCCCACAAUGUCGGCAUGUGAUCAUGGUGUUGUUGCAAAAAUUAAACGUGUCAUUAUGGAAAGAGACGCUUAUCCAAGAAAAUGGGGCUUAGGACCAAAAGCGGCACAAAAGAAAAAAAUGAUAAUGGAGGGAAAAUUGGAUAAACAUGGAAAGCCGAAUGAAAAUACACCUUCUGAUUGGCUCUCUGGUUACACGGAUUACAGUCAAAUUAAGGAAGCAGAACCUAAUGGUGUAGAACGUGUUGAUGAAACAGCAACUGCAAAAAAAAGAAAAUGGGAGGAAACUGGCACAAAAAUGGUAGAGGAAGUGAAGAGUGAGCCGGUUUCAGAUCCGGAGACAGCAUCUCCCAAAGAGAAAAAGAAGGAGAAGAAGGAGAAGAAGGAUAAAAAGAAGAAGAAAGAUAAGAAAAAAGAAAAAUCUGAUGAUGAUGCCGAUGUGACAAUAAAAACAGAAGAAGAAACAGAGGCAACGCCAGUGAAGGAAAAGAAGAAAAAGAAGAAGAAAAGCAAAGAUCAAGAACCAUCAUCACCGUGAUUAAUUUUUUGUUUUUUUUUUUUAUCGUGAACAAUUUAUAGAUAUUUGUAUCUAUUUUACUAUUGAUUAUUUGAAUGCCAAGUACUUUGAAUCAAACGUUCGAUAUGAAAAACAUUUUUGCUUCUUUUCCAUUUUUUUUUUUAUUUUUUACUAAAUAGAACAGUAUUUAGAUGUGAAUUUCUAUUUUUGUAAAUAUGAUCAAUUUUUUUUUA